UUGAAUGAAACGCGGUUGAUAGCAGCUCAACAACAUUAGUUUACCCCGGACUCGUCAGUUUUUUACAACUGUGGUUAAAGUCAACGUUUGAAAGCUGUGCAGGUAGUUUCAGAGAACUUCAGAAUAAUGUCCUCCAGGAAGUCAAGUUCCAGUGGGGAAGACCUGUCCCUCAGUAGAUCUGGAGAGCGUACCCCUCUGAGAAGCCUGGACAAUGAAUCUCUGCACAUAUCAACUCCAUCAAGGUUCAAAUCAAAAUCACAGCUCAGUACUGCUGCUGGGAAAAAGACAAUAGACGACAUUCCUCUCAGUGGCCCAGAUCCCCACUUGCAGUCUCCUCCAUCCAGCGGAGUGACACAAACCAGUCCUUCCAUCGCUGAUAUGACAACUGCUCAGACUGCUUGUGGACUUGGAGAUGUAACAUUUAAAUCCUUCAUCUGUGCUGGUGGUGAGGUUGAGAUUUCAGGCUCAUCAUUGUGUGCAGAAGAGAGCUUUAUUUUGCCAAAAGACCAGGCUACGUAUAACAAUGAAAACGAAGAUUCAAUUGUGUCUCACAGUAUGGUCGUGCAGUCAUGCAGUGAACAUAUAGAACAUCCCUAUCACAAUCCUGAGAUAAAAGAGUCUUACUCUGUUGAUAUCAACACAACAGGUCACUGUGAAGUUCCCAACACUACACUAACCUCUCGAGACCUGGAUGAUAAAAUAGUCACACAAGAUUCAAGAGAUUUUCUGAAUCACUGCAGUGGAGAGAAAUGUGUGACUUGGAAAUCCUUCAUUGGCGAUAUGGGUGAGGUAGAAGUUUCAGAUGCCACCAGACUACAAGAUGAAACCAUUCCUCUACCCAAGACAGAGUUUUGUGAACCUUUACAAGACAACACUGUAAAUUCAGCAGACUUCUCUGUCGACUAUGGACAGCAGUGUCAGGUUGAACAUGCUGAUCAUCCGUACUAUAACAAUGAAAAACCAGUUGCUCCUGUCAUCAACACUGCCUCUGAAAUACCAAGUUCUGAAAAGCCUUCUCAUGGACUGACUGAUGUCACCUUCAAGUCAUUUAACUGCACUGGAGGAGAGAUUGAAAUUUCAGAAGGUACCAAAUUUGCAGAUGAGACUGUUCCACUACCAGCCAACCACACUGUAACCAGCAGCGAGUCAUACUGUUAUGGUGAGGAUCCAAGCCAGUUAGCUGGAGACUAUGAUUUGCAAAACUGCAGAGAGCAUUUAGAUCACCUGUACUGUGAUGUUCAAAAUUAUUCUUCACCUCCACGUGGCAACCUUUCGACAACACAGGAACCAUUGCUAUGCAGCAUAGAUGCUGCAGAAGUAAAACAGAUGAGCUUAGUGGUAGCUGGUAACCGGACUGCCAAACGAAAGAGUGUUAAAUUCAGCUCUUUCAUCACAACUGAUGGUCAGAUUGAAAAAUCAGAUGAUGUCCAGUUGUCCGAGAAGACCUCCCCACUACCCGAAGACCAGGUCGUGGAUCACAGCAGUGUAUUUACUUCUGUUACACAGCAUCACAUUCAAGAUGACUACAAACAACCUAACAGCCACUUGGAAAAUGAUGAAGGUGUGGUAGAUACUGGCCCACCAGCUAUUAGUGGAUCUCCUCCAACUAACACAUCUUUAAAAGCUUUGGAUAACGGAACUGUUAAAUGUCAACGACAAGAACUGUCAAAGUAUACAAUUCAACUUGAGGAAGAUGCUUUGCCUUCAGUAGUUCAUAGAACUGAGAUUUCUGACUGCAGUCACCUUGUAUCUACGGCAGAGAGUCCUGCACCCAUUGAAGCACAGCAGCAUUUGGAACAUGUCUCUCAAUCGUACUCCAAAAGGGGACCCUCUGAAUCCAGUGAGACAAAAGACAGUGCCCUUGGUUCAUCUGGAAAUGGACCUGCUCUUUGUAACUCUGCAGAAAAACCUCCUGCAGAGAAUCUCGCUGAUGUUUUGAAAGCCUUGUCAGAGUGUCCGUCAGCUGCCUCAGCUUUGGGAAUCCUCACUCCUGUUGUCAGGAGAGCCUCUCAGUAUUUAUUAAAGGAUCAUGGGGCUCCUGCUCAAUACCAGUUUUUGGCUGAUGAUUCUGCUCUUGAGGGUGAGAAAAGCUUCUUGGCUCCUGUUAACAUCAACCCUGCUGGGUUAUGGGCAGAACACUUGGACAGUCCCAUACCUCGUCCUCUGUUUAACUCUACUGCACUGGGCUACAAGCCCCCGCCAGACCCAGUCACUGAGCUGGCUGAGGACUUGGCAGAGAAGCUCUGUGCAGCGCCUCAGUCUAAGGUUGAGAAGCCAGUCCUGGAUGUCCCAUUGAUUCCAGAUGGUCCACUUCAGCAGCAGCUUCGGCAGAUGGCCGAAUUCCUUCUCUUGGCAUCAGGAAAGAUGGGCCCGGCUGGUGUCUCUGCGUCUGCUCCUGCUCCUACUGCCUUCAUGGCACCAUCAGCUGGAGCUCCUCUUGCAGAAUCCCACAGUAUCUGUGUGGGAACCACUCCUGUGAAACUGGUGGACCAUAGCCUCAAUACAUCUGGCCUUUUUGAGAGAAAGAGGGAAUUCACUGUGGUCGAUUCCUGCACUGUGACUGACCCUCUGUUGUGGAAUUUACCUCCAGGCAGCUUACAGGGUCUUCCCAGGCUGGAGCUGGAACAGAGGUUAAAUACCAGCAUGAUAAUGGUUGAGGCCCUGGUGCAGCAGCUGGCAGCAGCCAGGGCACAAGUAUGUCCACCUGCAGGCCCUGCUCCCUCAGACCUCAGGGAGAAACUAGUGCAGACAGACCAUACCGAACUUAGUCAGACUACAAUGUACAGAGACCUAUAUAUGGAAGCUCUGAGCAGGAUUGGUGAACUGGAGCGAGAUGGAAGUUCUCUACAGAACCUUAUGCAGUGUAUGCAAGACAUGAGGAUCACCAUGACUUCUUUAAGUAGCGACACAGAUGCUGCCCUCUCUAGCAUGAAAGAAAUGGGUGACGUUGUCAGAGAGGAUCAUCAAAGCCUUGUUUCACAUUACGGGCACAUGAAGUCUCUAUUUGAGAAGUCAAAGGAGACACAGACAAGAAUGAUCCAGAAGGUCAAAGAAGCUCUUCACCAAAGAAAUGACAUGAGGAUUCAGAUGGAAGAGGCCUUCACAGCCAAGGAGGCAGCCUUCAGUGCAAUGGAUCAGCUGAGGACACACUGUGCCACAGAAAUUUCUGCUUUAGAGAAGAGUGUGGGGUGUCAGCAAGAACUGUUGGCUGCACUAAACCAGACCUAUCCAGAACAGGUUGCAUUAAAUAAGACCUACAGUGAAACACUGGCGUCAGCUUCUGAUCUUUUGUCCCAAACCAUGGAUGAACAGUCCAGCUUAAUGAAGGAACUCUUCACAGUCAGGAGCCUAAUACAAAAAACUGCUCCCAUGCUGCUGAAGCUGAAUGAGAAGGCAGCUGCUGCUCUGAGGGAGAGGGAUGAGCAUAUUUCUGCAAGAGACCAAGCCAUUGAAGAGCGAGAGCAGAUUGAAGAAGAAUUAAAUGAAGUGCAUGUGAAUCUCCAAACUGCCAGAGAACAGAUUGGUGAUUUAAAUCUGCAAGUGACAAUUCUGACAUCAGAGAUGGGUGUGCUGCGACAGAAACUGACAGAAAAAGAGGAGGAGACGGGUCAGCUAGAGAGGAAAGUGACAGAGCUGUCUGCUACAGUUUCCUCCUCGUUGGCCUCCUACACUUUCUUGGAACAGGCCCUUGCUGCCGAGUCUACAAAGUUGCAGCAGUCAUGGAAAGACAUACAACAAACCAAUGAGAGAGCAAAUGAGUUGGCGGCAUCACUGGAUCAGUCGGAGGAGCGAGUGUGUGAGUUGAGUCAGGCUCUGGCUCAGAGUGAGGAGCAGCUCAGUCAGCUGCAGAUUCUCUCACAGUCUCAGAGUUUGCAGAUCCAGCAGCUCCAGGAUGUUUGUACACAACUCAACGGCGUGCGGGAAAUGAAUGAGUUCUUGCAGGUGGAGAAUGAGUUGGCGAGGGAGCAGGUGGCUGAAAGUGAGCGUUUGCUGAGAGCAAACAUGCAGGGGCUUCGGGAGAGGAACAUCGAGUGUGAGGACCUCAAAGGAGAACUUUGUCAACUUCAGCUGGAGAACAGGAAUUUGCAGGAGAAGCUGGAAACCACAAGGACCAAAGCCAGUGAAACCGAGCUGGAGCUUGGAGAGAAGAUGGCUCAGGCUGUCACUGAAAUCACAUUGCUGCAUCAUACACUUCGAGGACUGACCAACGAGCUGCACGCUGCUCUCAGUGACCAGAAACCAGAACCACAGAAGGAUAAAGAGUCACAACCAGUCCAUAAUAUGGAGCGCUGUCACUCCUCCAGCUCCUUUGUCAACAGCAUCAUGGUGGCUUUAACUGCUGAGAAGGAGGAAGAUGUUAAAACAGACACAUCUGCUGGAUCAGACCCUUCAGACAUACCUGCGCCACAGUGUGAAACUUUGUUCAGCACGACAAGCGCCUUCACCCGCAUUGCAGCCAUCACCCCGAAAAAGAAUUUGAAUGCAAUAGAGUCUGAACCAGAAGCAGAGCAACAGAACAGUGUGGCAGAGCUGCUCGCGGACCUGGGCAGCACUGUUACCGAGCUCGUCAGCACCCUGAAGUUGGUGCAACAGCGCAAAGACGCUCAGCUGGAGGAGCUGCACACCACCAUCUGUGGCCUGCAGGUGGAGCAGCAGGCUGCAAACAUCAGACAUGAGGCUGAAGUGUUCGAUCUGAAGCAUCAACUUGGCCGUCUCAAUAGCCUGGUUGAGAGGGGAAACCAGGCUCUGCAGCAGAAAGCGCAGGAUGAGAAAACUGUGACAAAGUUGAUAGCAGAGGUGCAAGAGGCCCAGGAAAUCCUAAACAAACACAAGACUGAAAACAAUGAUUUACGAAAGGAUGUGGUUGAGCUUCGUCGCGCUCUCCAGCAAUCGAGGGUGGAGACUCAGUUCCUGCGGGAGGAGAUGAGGAAAGGUGGUGGCCAAUCAGCUACACCAGCACAUUUCAUGGAAGAGAAGAUCCAGUUAUUGAAAGAGGUGGAAAGACUGAAGGCAAGUCUUCAGGAAGUGGAGCAGACCAGAGUUAAACUCCUUGAAAGAGCAAAGAGACACCAAAUCAUCCAUCAGACCAACCAGCAGAAAAGUGAAAAUGAGCUUCAGAUAUUAAACAACAUGAUCAAUAAAGUCAGGGAGACGUUGCUGUCUUUGCCGGAGGUUGUGAAGAAUUGUGACCAGCUCCAGCAGCUCGUUGAAUACAUUGGCUGACGUGUUUUGUUAUUGUCACUCGUGUUCGUUGUAUUUAUGUUUUGUUUUAGCUCUUCAUGGCUGUAAGUGUACUGAUUUUUAGUAACAUUAAAGUAAUUUUUAAGUCUUA